AUGGGCAUUAUCACCCUCGUUCUGUGUGUGCCCACGCACAAGAAACUUGUGAGUCAAAAAAUCAUCGCAAACUCUACUCAUCUUGUUGAAGAGCUGCGAGAACUUUGUCGAGUAGUCAACGAAUACGGUCUGAGGAAGGAACCUUGCAGCGCUCUUACUCAAAAUUUUCGUGAUCAGGAGAGUGUGGAACAACAACACCAAAAAACUGAACUACUGCACAAGCAAGUUGUUGACCUGAGAAUGCAAUUAAAUGCGGAAGUAGCUGAAAUACGAGAUGACAUUAAUUCUAUGUCACAAGACAUCAAAGAACUAACCGCCGCUUCCUCCAUAUCUCCAUUGCCCUCGAUUCAAGCAAACUUAGAAGAUCUCAGAAGGAAAAACAGAGAGCUACGAGAUAUCACAGUGGAAUCAGCAGCACCAAUCCGACUAGCAAUAGAAAGCCUCAGGAAAGAGCUGAAAAACCAGUGA